UAUGUUACGAUGGCGCGAGCCGCGAAAACUAUCGCAGUUGCAGCUUUCUUUAGAGCUCAUUAAUUUUAAGUUUUUAUUUAUAACAUCGUCUAUUUUAGUAUUUUUUUACGAAUUGAUUAAAAUAACGUUAUUAACCUUUAAUAUGUUUGAAAUAGAGGACCAAAUAAAGCUGGUACGAAAAUAUCUGAAAUUGAAAAUCAUAGAAGAUGAUGUAAAAUUCAGAGGACAUGCAAAUGAAAGACAACAUGUUUACGAUUUAUUUAUGAAGUCAAUAGAGCAAGGGGAGUCCCACUCAGCCCUCAUUUUAGGUCCAAGGGGUUGUGGAAAGACCACACUAAUAAAUUCAGUAUUACAUCAAGUAUCAAAUGAAGUUGAUAUGAAUAAUGAUGUUAUCAUCAUAAAACUGAAUGGACUUUUACACCAUGAUGAAAAGAUUGCUUUAAAGUCUAUUACUGCUCAGAUGCAAUUAGAAAAUGUUGUGGGUGAUAGGGUAUUUGGUACCUUUGCUGAAAAUCUAAGCUUUCUACUAAGUUGUCUCAUGAGUGGAGUUGAUAGAAAGUGCAGGACCAUGAUAUUUGUUUUAGAGGAGUUUGAUUUGUUCUGCCAUAGUGGAAGAACACAGACAUUAUUGUAUAAUUUAUUUGAUAUAACACAUAAUAAGCAGGCACCUAUGUGUGUGCUAGGUCUGACCAACCGAUUAGAUGUGAUGGAAUUGUUAGAAAAACGGGUGAAAUCAAGAUUUUCCCAUCGCCACAUCUUUAUAUUUCCCUGUGAAUCAGUGUUGCCGUUGGAAAACUUAAAGAAUGUUUUUGUUCAGUGUUUAUGCUUGCCAGUUUUCAAGGAAAAGGUCAAACCAAAAAGAAGUAGAAAGAGCAGAGCAUCAAGCGAUUCCGAAUCCGAUACGGAAUCAAAAUAUUCCAUUUCAAAUCAAGUAUUCCAGGAAUGCCAUAUUGAUUCCAGGCAAUUCCAGGAUUUAGAUCCGGUUUUUAUUAAAAGUUGGAAUGCACACAUCCAUAGCUUGUUGGAUGAAGAAAAAGUGAUGGAUUAUUUUGAAAAGUUUAGCUAUUACAUUAUUAAUGAGCAAAUAUUUAGGAAUGUGAUGUUUCAAAUUGUAUCAAAAUUAUCUCCAAAAAAACCGUAUAUAGACCCGCAAGACAUUAUAAUGACCAUAGACAAGACAGUGGCGCCGGAGCAUAGAGUAAAGCUACUGCAAUCUUUAUCUAUUCUAGAAUUUUCUCUGGUCAUAGCUAUGAUGCACGGUCUGGAGAUAUUUGACGGCCAGCCGAUGAAUUUUGAAAUGAUCUUAAAUAGGUACACAAAAUUCGCAAACGAAAACUCAUCGACGCAAUCAGUACCACGCCCUGUUAUUCUAAAGGCGUUUGAGCAUUUGCAGUCUUUAGAAAUAAUAUUGCCUGUUCGCACUGAAUCUGGCAAUGACACGACAACCCAUAGAGUGCAGAAGGAAUAUAAAUUAUACACUCUGGCAAUACCCACAGACGAUAUUAAGGAGGCCGUCAAAGGGUUUAAGGCGCUGCCCACAGAAAUUCAGCAUUGGGUUAAUAAUUCUGUUGUUUAGGGCUUUGAUUUAUAUACUAUACAUUUUUAUUUAUUUAAAAUCGUCCAUAAUGUCUACUGCAACCAGAAAGAAACCGAAAACAUGGUCGUCAAGUAACUAUUUAUUUACAAAAGAGAAUUAAACAAAUCUGAAAUAAAAAUGAUUAAUAAUGACUUGUUGUAACAAGAGUUUUAGAUUUGGCGCCGAUUCGCAAAAACAAAGUAUUAAGGAAAAUGCACGCGAAAUUGUAUUUCUUUUUUUGCCAAAUGUGUUAUGUAAUAAUCAAAAUAAUCUAGUGUAAUUAGUAAUUUAUUGUGUUCUGUGACGUACGCGUCGAAUUGUGUUACUAGUUUUUGUAAGUUUUGUAAUAAAUUAUUCAAAUUUA